AUACAUAUAAUAUGAAAUCUUCUUUUUUAAUGUUAUUUAUAUUAAUUAGUAAGUAAUAUUUAAAUAUUAAAAUAAAAGAAUACGUAUCUUUAGAUUAAUUAAAAAUAUAUAAAUCAUUUUAUUUGUUAUGUUAUUUUUUUAAAUUAUUUAAUUAUUGUUAUUUAAUUAAAUUUUAAAUUUAAAUUUAAAAAUUUAUUUAAAAAGUUCAUAAAGAUUAUUUAAAAUUCAAGAAAUAUAAAAUUUAUUAAUAACAAAAAAAUUAAAAAAUUAUCUUAGAGAUAACUAAUAUGAAUAUAUAUAAUAUGAAUAUAUCAUAAGAACUUUAUUUUAUUAAUUCGGAUUAAAUAAAAUAUUCCGACAAAAUAAAACCAUUAUGCUUAUGAAAUUAUUUUUAAAAUUAAAAUAAAACAUUAUUAGUAAAUAUUUGAAAUCUAUUUUAAUUUUUCUUAUAAUGUAUGAACAUUGAUACAAUAUGUGGUGAACUUUUAAUAUUUUUCUGUAUUGUAAACUGACUUAAGUACUUAGUUAUAACUAGAUUAGUAAAGUAAUUAAUUAUUUUCUGAAUUCAAUUAAUAAAAAUGUUUAUAUAUUAUAUAUAUCUAUGAAAUAAAUAAAUGAAAAUUUUAACAUAUUAAAUAGAAUAUCAUAAAAUGUAUAUUGUCCAAUAAAUCAAUUGCUAUUGGUAGUGGUACAACAUACAUAUAGUUAGGUGAUCUGGCUAUGUUAAAUCUACGAUCACUUGGUACAAGAGAAAAGAUUAGAAAUUAGUCAGAAUCGUGUAUAUGAUUGAAUUUCUCAAUAGAUAAUUAAUAAUUACUGUGUUAUAAUAUUAAAAUUAAUUAAUAUAAGAUAUAAUAAUGAUUUUAUUAGAGAUACACAAUAGGAUACUAGAAGAAACAUUAAGUAACAAAAUAAAAAAUGCUCUGUCGGGUCAUAAACCAGAAUCUACAGAUGUUGUUAUAGCAGAUUUUGAUGGAGUUUUAUUUCAUAUUUCUAAUUUAAGUGGUGACAAGUCAAAAAUUAGAAUAAGUAUUUUACUUAAAUUUUAUAAACAAUUGCAAGAACAUGGGGCUGAUGAGUUACUUAUACGUGAAUAUGGACCUUAUCUUAUAGCUCCUGAAAAUGGUUAUAAUGUCUCUGUAUUAAUAGAUUUGGAAAAUUUGCCUGAAGAUUGGGAAUCAUUAGUUAAAAAAAUUGCACUUUUAAAAAGGCAUUGUUUUGCUAGUGUUUUUGAAAAGUAUUUUGAUUUUCAAGAAGAAUAUUAUGAUUCACCAGGUACACAAUUGCAAAAAAGGGCAGUUAUUCAAUAUAGAGAUGAAGAAACAAUGUAUGUUGAAGCCAAAAGUGAUAGGGUAACAGUGGUAUUUAGCACAAUAUUUAAAGAUGAAGAUGAUAUGGUUAUUGGAAAAUUAUUUUUACAAGAAUUGAAAGAGGGUAGACGUGCAAGUCAUACAGCUCCACAAGUUUUAUUUAAUCAUCGAGAACCACCAUUAGAAUUACAAGAUUCUGAAGCAGCUGUUGGAGAUUGUAUUGGAUACAUUACAUUUGUAUUAUUUCCAAGACAUACAAACAGAGAAGCUCGUGAUAAUACCAUUGACUUAAUACAUAUGUUUAGAAAUUAUUUACAUUAUCAUAUUAAAUAUAGUAAAGUUUAUAUUCAUUCAAGAAUGCGUACAAAAACAACAGAUUUUUUAAAAAUAUUAAAUAGAGCAAGAUCUCAAUCAAAAAACACUGAGAAAAAAACUAUCACGGGUCGAACAUUCAUUAGGAAGGAAUGAGUGUAAACAUAAAAUUAUAUUCCUUAUAUUGUUUUAAUAAAAGAUAAAUGAUUUCUCAUUUAUCUUAUAGAUUUAUUAGAAAUUUUUUGAUCUUCUGGCAAGAAAAUUUGUUAUUGUUUAUAACAAAAGAUUCUAAUUCAUCACAUGACUUAAAAACUAUCAAUUUUUGAGUCUUAAUAUUCAUUAUCUAUGAACAAUAUAAUGUUCUUUAUAAAAACUCUAUAUUGCUAAAUACAUUUGAAAUGUGUACACAGCAAUAUGAUUGAAAAGUCAUUUUAUAUCGAAAUUUUUUAAAUAAUAUUAUUAAAAUGCAUAAAGUUUUCAAAAAAAUCAGGGAAUAGUCUGUUUACGAAUAUAAUUAAAAAUUUCUUUUAUUUUUAUUCGAUAAAAUGUAAUUAAUUCUAUCUUUAAAAUCAAAGAUACAUAAUCGCACUUCUCUUUCUUUAAAUUUUUUAUCUUAAUAAAUUCACGAAAAUGAUCUUUUUUUUUUAAAUUCCACGUACAACGAAAAUGUUUAAAAUAACAAGAAACGCGUGGAUUUUACAAAAUAAUAUAUUGAUGUAUCAUUUGUAUUUUUAAUAACAUAGAUGUCUUUUUUGAUAAAUUAUUUUUAUUAGCUACAUUUUAUUGUCUCUCUUAUUAACAUAUUAAUUGUAAUAUAAUAAAAGUAUUAAUUCUA